AUGGGAGGUGGAGGCGGAGAGCGGUGCAGUAACAUUCCGAGCCCCAACAACGAGCGCCCGAAGAAAAAGAACCAGCAGCUGGGCCGAAACAAGCAGAGGGGUCGCGACCAGACCGGCAACGUGACGACGGCGUCGGCCCACCACCAUCGCCGGGGCGGCGACAAAGGCGUCCUGGCGUACCAAUGCUCCCCGGAGGCGCGGCAAGCGGAGGCGGCGGCUUCCAUCGUCCGCCUGGCCGCCGCCUACGAGCGGGACUGGGAGGGGGCCGUGACCCACCUCAACACGCUGCUGAGCGCCCGGGGAAGCCCCAGCUACGCCGGGCCCAAAUUCAGCGAGCCGCCCUCGCCUAGCGUGCUGCCCAAACCGCCGAGCCACUGGGUGGCCUUUCCGAUGGGCGCCGGAGAAAGCCGGGAGAUGAUGACCUUCCAGCUCAAGAGCCUCUUAAAGGUGCAAGCCUGA